AAUUUCGCUAGUAUCGCCGAUGCGAUUGGUGGUGAUACGAUUGCAAAUCCUGUCGUCGUCGUCGUCGUCGUCGUCGUCUCGGUCCUCUAGGGUUUCCUGUCAUCGAGCGCCAUCGAAUCCCCAGUCCGAGCUUCCACAGUGGAAACCUUCGGGCUCUGUUCGCGCAGCCGAGAUGAGGCCGGUCUUCGUGGGCAACUUCGAGUACGAGACUCGCCAGUCGGAGCUCGAGCGCUUGUUCUCCAAGUAUGGCAGGGUGGAGCGCGUCGACAUGAAGUCUGGGUUUGCUUUCGUUUAUUUUGAGGACGAGCGUGAUGCUGCAGAUGCCAUUCGUGGCGUGGACAAUAUGCCAUUUGGUUAUGACAGGCGCAGGUUGUCGGUGGAGUGGGCUAAGGGAGAAAGGGGACGGCAUCGAGAUGGUUCUAGGUCGGUGGCGAACCAGAGGCCCACUAAGACUCUUUUUGUUAUCAACUUCGAUCCCAUUCGCACAGGAGUUCGUGACAUAGAAAGACACUUUGAACCUUAUGGGAAGGUUCUUAAUGUUCGUAUACGUCGGAACUUUGCAUUUGUGCAGUUUGAGACUCAAGAGGAGGCUACAAAAGCUUUGGAGUGCACUCACAUGAGCAAGAUAUUAGACAGAGUUGUCUCAGUUGAAUAUGCUUUGAAGGAUGAUGGUGAGAGGGAUGAAAGAUUGGGCAGCCCUAGAAGAGGAGGUCAUGGUCGGCGUGCGGAUAGUCCUUACAGGAGGUCACCUAGCCCACUGUAUCAUCGGCGACCAAGUCCUGAUUAUGGUCGAGCUCGAAGCCCAGUGUAUGAUCGAUACAAUGGUCCAGCUGGCCCAGCUUAUGACCGUCAGAGGAGCCCAGAGUAUGGCAGAUACCGCAGCCGCUCUCCUGUUCGAAGAUCGAGAACUUGAAGAUCCUUGAGAAGCUCAGUAGAAUGUGGAGAUUAAACCAAAUAGAUAGCUGCAGACUUGUUACUUGUCUAGUUUUAGGGACUUUUUGUGGAGAUUGAAGUCGUAAUGCUACUCUAUCUCUGGACCUGCCUGUUGCUCUUAAAUGAUCUCUGGAUGAUCAUUAAUAUUGAACCAUCUUGCUUUCUUGCUUUUGGUAA